AUGCAGAUGGCUCGGGCCGUCAUCCGCUUGCGCCUCUACGCCGGCCCUGGACGGCUCACUGCCCCGAUUCGCCCGCGCCCGCGCGGCUGCGGCCAUGAGCAGCCCGACAGCGGGCGCCGCGGGCUAUCGACCGGAUCUGCGACGGCGCACGGCACGCCUGCUGCGCUGCGCCGCCUUCUCCGGGUCUCCGACGAGGUGGCCGACGCCGUCAAGCUCAACAAGCCCGUCGUGGCGCUCGAGUCCACCAUCUACACCCACGGCGCGCUGGGCAAAGAUCUCGCCCAAGAGCACCAAGACCUCGUCCGCAGCCAUGGCGGCAUCCCCGCCGUUGUGGCCGUCGUCGAUGGCGUUCCCUCGGUUGGCGUGUCGGCGCAUGACAUUACUCGCAUGAUGGAAGACGAGGGUACUGUCAAGGCUUCACGCAGGGACAUUGCCUACCUUGUCGGCAUGGGCCUCGCCGGCCGCAAAAUCCACGGCGGCACGACAAUAGCAGGGACCAUGCUUCUCGCGAGACUGGCCGGAAUCCGCGUAUUCGGCACCGGUGGCCUGGGCGGCGUGCACCGCGGCGGCGAGGACUCCAUGGACGUCUCCGCCGACCUCACCGAGCUGGGACGCACCAGGCUGGCAGUCGUGUGCAGCGGCUGCAAGGGAUUUCUCGACAUCCCCCGGACACUCGAGUACCUCGAGACCCAGGGCUGUCUCGUGUCCACCUUUACCGACGGGCGGACCGGCAAGGUCGACUUCCCGGCUUUCUGGGCCAGGGAGAGCGGCACCCCGAGCCCGUCCGUCGUCAACAGCGAGAAGGAGGCCGCGGCCAUCAUCUUUGCCCAGGAGCGGCUGGGCAUCGAGUCUGGCAUGCUCUUUGCGAACCCGAUCCCGGACGAGUUUGCGGUCCCUUCGGGGGAGAUGAGGGUGGCUAUUGAGCAGGCGGUGCAGGAGGCCGUCGACAAUGGCUUCACCGGCAGCAAAAACACGCCUUACAUCUUGCAGAGACUCAGGCAGCUCACCGGCGAAAGGGUCGUUCUCGCCAACAAGGCCCUGGUGGCGGCCAACAUCUCACGGGCCACUGAUAUUGCCGUGGAGCUGUCCCGCCUGCUGCAGUCUGCGUCGCGCUCGCAGCCGGUGAUGAAUAAUACAAAUAGACUUGAUGUAGCAUCCAAUAAGCCCGAGCAGCCCAAUGCCGCCACCGCCACCAUCGACACCAAGGUCGAUGUCGUCGUAGCCGGCGCGGUUGCAGUCGAUCUCAACUGUGACUAUACCGGCACAGCUUCCAAGCCAGGCGAAGUAGCACCGCAGGCGUACACGUCGAACCCAGCCCGCAUCAGCCAGUCAAUUGGCGGUGUCGGCCACAAUGUCGCGCUUGCUGCUCACCUAGCCAGCAGGCAGGCUCGUGUCCGGCUAUGCAGCGUGGUCGGCGACGACGUGGCUGGAUCGACGGUGCUUUCGUCGCUACGAGACUCGGGGCUCGACGCCUCUCACGUCCGGAGACUCAACCAACAGUCGCACCCGGGCAGUCGCACCGCGCAGUAUGUGGCCGUCAACGACGGCAGCGGGAACCUGGUCAUGGCCAUGGCUGAUAUGGGCAUCUUAACGGAACACGCGUCCCCCGAGCACUGGGAGUCGGCCGUGGCAGCAAUGGCACCCAAGUGGCUCGUCGUCGAUGGCAACUGGACGCCGCGCGACAUCAGAUCAUGGAUCCAGGCCGGCAGGGAGCACAACGCUCAAGUUGCUUUCGAGCCCGUGUCAGUGCAAAAGUCACGAGGGCUGUUUUGCGCCCACCAGACGGGCGUUCCCAAACUCGGCGUCUUCCCCCAUGCGAGCGUCCAUCUCGCGUCCCCCAACGUCUACGAGCUUGCGGCCAUGUACGCCGCGGCCAAGGAUAACGGAUACCUCGAGCUGGGCCGCUGGUUCGAAGUCAUCGACGCGUUUGGCAUGAGGGGCGCACGGGACCGAUUCGUCCGCCAGACCUCGGCCGAGCUCACCGACGCCGGCGUGCCGGUGCAGUCGGUCCAGCUGCUGCCCUACAUACCCACGCUCCUCACCAAGCUCGGAUCCAAGGGGGUCCUCCUCACGACGAUCCUAGACCGCGACGAUCCUCUUCUCCGAGACCGGGACGCCGAGGAGUUCAUCCUGACGCGGGCGGCCGUCGAUCACCCUUGCGUUGGCGGCGUCUACAUGCGACUGUUCCCAGCUGCAGAGGAGGUGCAGGAUAUCGUCUCUGUCAACGGGGUUGGCGACACGUUUCUGGGCGUCAUGGUCUCGGGCCUGGCGCAGGGCGGACGGGUAGAGAGGCUGGUUGAUGUCGCGCAGCGAGGGGCCGUCUUGUCGCUCAAGUGCCGCGAGUCGGUGAGUCCAAGUCUUGGGCAGUUGGAGGAGCAGAUUACUCGAGCAAUUUCUCGAAGAUGA